UCCAGCAGAAGAAUAUUGUGUCAACGUAGCCAGCAGUUGGCAUCGCAGCGCCUCGUUUCUGUCCCAGUUUAGCUCUGUCCUUACAAAGGUGUUUGCCUACAGACAGUGUUUUCCCUCGGUUCCGUUCGCGUACCAUGACCGAACAAUCAGCUUUACUUCUUCGAAAACAAUUAGCAGAGCUCAACAAGAACCCAGUGGAGGGCUUUUCAGCUGGUCUGAUAGACGAUGACGACAUAUACAAGUGGGAAGUUGUGAUAAUUGGUCCACAAGAUACUCUUUUUGAAGGAGGGUUUUUCAAAGCAUACCUAACUUUUCCCUAUGACUAUCCGCUACGGCCACCAAAGAUGAAAUUCAUCACAGAGAUUUGGCAUCCAAAUGUUGCAAAGAACGGGGAUGUUUGCAUCUCGAUUCUGCACGAGCCAGGAGAAGACAAGUUUGGUUAUGAAAAGCCUGAGGAGCGCUGGCUUCCAAUCCACACAGUAGAGACAAUCAUGAUUAGUGUUAUCUCCAUGCUUGCAGACCCAAACAGUGAUUCACCAGCUAAUGUGGAUGCUGCAAAAGAAUGGAGGGAGGAUCCUAAUGGAGAAUUCAAGAAGAAGGUGGCUCGCUGUGUAAGAAAAAGUCAAGAGAUGGCCUUCGAUUAGGGGUUCGUUAUGAAUUUCAGGUUAAAGGAGAUGCCUUCAGCGGGAAAACUUCAGCAAAAGGCUUUUGCACCCUUUGUUUUGCCAGUCAAAGGAUUUGGUUGGCCCCAACCACGUUUUUGUGAAAGGUCUGCCAGAUGAGCCAAUUUGAGAACAUUACCAGCGAAAUUAUCCUGUUUCCUACCUGGAAUUGUAUAUUUAAUUUAAUUUAUUUUGAAAAUAGGAAUGAUGUAAGAUAUGUCACUACUGUAAAUGAACUGGACUUGCUUUUUUAUCUGCUGCUGAACAGUUUCUACUUUAUACCAGGUUUCUUAUGCAAUUUAGUGCUCAAGAUUGUGUAGAAAGAAACAAAAGCCUGUCCUCAUUAGGUCGUCAUUUGUCCUCCUUACUAACCCACCCGAUUGUUGUCAACCCAACACGUUUGUUAGUGGAUGUGAUUAUUUUCAAAGCUGUCGUUGAAUCACCGUUGCCUUCUGUUGGCGUCACUUUUUCACAGUUGGCUCUUUGUUUAAAGAAACAAGAUGAGAACUUUUAAUGCGACCUUAGAGUUUUCGUGUUUUCUGAAAAACUGCCUCCCGAUUGUGUUUUUUUUCUAAUACCAGCGUGUGUUAGAGAUGUUAAAAGCCAUGACCUUCAAAUGUGAAUAAUCCAUUUAGAUAGCUCUAUUGUUGUUCAUUCUUUGCCAGGAUUUUUUUUACAACCUACACGUUGAGUUCUUCUGUUUAAUGAUAUAUUAUCUUGGACAGGUGUAGCAGAUGGUACAGGAAGGUUUGUGCCAACGUGUCAGGAUCAGGUUAUUAAAGGUCUUGAUUGGCAUUUAAUAAGGUGGGUCCCUAUAAAUUGCUGAUCUUCAUAGGUGGCGAUCGUGGACAAGAAGGUUCAUGAGUGAUUGUAAACUCAGUUUGCUUGUGUUGGUAUAAAUCAUGGCCAGUCAAAUGCCGUCUUUGUUUAAAAAAAAAAAAAAAAAAAAGCUCAGACUGUGAAUAUUCUACAUAUAGACUGGUUAACUGGCUCUUGAUCUUCCCUCAUGUUAUACAUGGCAAAUAUGAGCAGGUUUAUGGAUGAGAUUCUUGGUCUGUUCGGGAAAGGCUUCUGAUUUUAGAGUCUCCAUAGUUCAGUUAGAUUAGUGGUUCGUUUGCAGUGGCACAUUAUGCUUUAAUUUUUAUUAGUGUGUGAAUUAAAUCACAUUCACUUCUGGGUUUAGAUUCUUGAUUAAAUCUAAUUUCUUCUGUCUAAAGUUUCUAUUGAAUAUUUGAAAUUUCCAUUGUUAGCAAUUAUCCCAUUGGAGAUGUUAUUCUACCAUCCAAUAGAGUUUUGACAAAUCAUCCAUAUGGAAAUGAACACAACCUAGAAAAAAAGGCAUACAUGGUUGAUAUUAACAGACUUAUUAAGCCAUGAUUAUCAUCUAUUUAAAAUUGGGUUAUCCCUGAUCCAUCUGUGACAAACACUGAAAACAGCGGACCAUCUUCUGGCGGUCAUGAUCAGAGAUUAAGGAGUGAGGUUAUGCUUCAAUAGGAUACCGCUGCUGGUGCACUCUGGGUGAAUGUGAUGUGUAUAGGUAGUACAUUUAUGCAGACCUGAUGGUCACAUUACUGGUGUUGACAUUACCAUUUUUACUGGAGAGUUUUUCAGACCACCAUGACCUCCUCUGACCGGUGUUCACUGUAUUUGCACAGAUGCGGUGCGUUUGAAACGUCAUUAAGCAAUACCCUCUGAAAAUAGUAACGUGUCCAGGUGAUCCACCAUGGCGCCAUUAUUUGUUUCUUGUAGGUUGUUCAUUUUUUUGUUUUAUUCUUUUGUUCCAUUUUGUGUCAAUGCAAUGUAUAUUGGACAUGUUGCUCAAUAAAGUGUAUAAACCAAA